AUGUCCGUUUCUCCCCCUAUCCAUCGCUACCCCUCGACCAGUUCCAGCAGUAGGGAGGACCUCAUAAACCAAUACGAGGCAGAGGAAGAACGCAUUAUUAAUUUACUCUACCGCAAACUCGAGCGACUCCGUGAGGAGAAAAUUUCACUCGAGAAUACACUUGAGGCUGAAUCCGAAAACCAUGUGAAUCGGCUGUCGCGAGAGAUAUCUGCACUGCGAUUGGCGCAGCAGCAGCAAGCUCAACUGAACGGCCAUGGCAGCGGCAGCGGCUCGCCUGUCGACACCCGGCUGGGGAUGCACACAUUCUUGGGAUACAAGACCCCAGCGGACCCAAGCCCGGAGCUGAUGCUGGACGCCAUGCGCAGAGAGAACGAGCAGCUGAGGAAUAGGCUCGUGGAUACAGAGCGGGAUUAUAUCCGCAUUACCAGACUAAACGAGAUCUACCGCGAGGAACUUAUUGAACAUCGACGGCGACUCGGCUUGCCAGUAGACAAUCUAAUAGGUCUACCAGACCCGUACUCACAGCCUACUCACCGCCGCUCGAGUUCAAAUACUUCGUCGCCUUCUACUUCAGUAUUGAUCAGCCCAAGUCCACUGCAGUCUCACAAUUCCCGCUCUAACCAUGGGGUCCCUAUUCAUGGAGUACCCAUCCCACGCCCACCCUCGCAAAUUCACCGUCCUGCGAACAAUAUAUCCGAAGUGACGAUGCCCCUGUCGCAUUCUCCCUCGUCUUCUUCAUCUUCGCCAUUUCCCUUCUCCCCGACUUCCGCAUCACCUCUCCCCACUAGCUACGCUAGCGCAACGACGGCCAUCACCACCCCGCCGUCCUCUGCAUCGCUGACUUCAAAUCCACCCGCGCCCUAUCCCGGUGCCGCAACCACGCUCUCAUAUCCUUCCGUUCCUCCCCCUUCUCUCUCUUCGUCGUUUGGCUCGCCUUCCGCAUCCUACUAUGUCUCCCUCUCCCACCCCAUGUCCCUCUCGCACAAUAACGACGCGGCCGUGUCCCCAGCGGAGUCAUAUAGCAGCCGAGGUAACUCGUUCCAUCGCAGAGGUAGCUUUGAGAGACGGGUGGCAGAGACGGGCAACCUGCUUAGUUCAAGCAGAGGCCAAAGCGAGAGCCGACGAGCAAGCGUCGAGCGAGGUGCCCGGGUGGCGGAGACGGGAUCGCUCUUACCGCGUGGACGGGUGCGAAGGGAAAGCUCUCAAGAGCAACCGGAAGAAGUAGGAAAGGCUGAUGGGAAGACGGAGGGAGGCGGUGGGAUGACAGCAGCAAAUUCGCAACUGUGA